ACCUGCCAUCCUGCGCGCUGCCUCCUCACAAUCACACACACGCAGAUUUUUAAUGAGAACAGAAGAGGAGAACUGUGCCAAGCUGCGAGACGACUUCAAUCUACCGGACUUGCGCACAAGAAUGCAAAAGAAAAGCGUGUUUGUGCCUCUAGUGAUAUUUGCGCAGGAUAAAUUUGGGAGAGUUUCCUCUGCUCGGGACUUUGAUUUGGUUUGAUGGGCGCACACACGCUUGGAUUUCUGCUGAUAACAACGGGGACUGGAGAAGAGCGAAUGAAGUGAGGAGUUUUUCAUCAUCAGGUUCGGAGGAAGUUAAAAAGAAAACAGCGGCGGGGUUCAUCAGCUUUGACUCGGGGGCUGUGAAGCUGCACAUUUCUACCAAACCGAACCAAAUGCAGAGAGAGAGAUGCAUCUGGGCAAGGCUUUACUGUUUGUCCUCCUCCUCAACUGCGCGACUUUGAGCUCGUCCCUGUCGACUUGUGCCACCGUGGAUAUUGACCAUGUGAAGAGGAAGAGGGUCGAGGCGAUACGGGGUCAGAUCCUGAGCAAACUGCGGCUGACGAGUCCUCCGCACUCCCUCGGACCGAGUAAAAUCCCUUAUCAGAUCCAGGCGUUGUAUAACAGCACCAAGGAGCUACUGGAGGAGCUCGGGAAGGACCGGCAGCAGAGUUGCGGUCAGGACAACACCGAGACAGAGUACUAUGCCAAAGAGAUAUACAAAUUCAACAUGGUCUACGGACCGCCAGAGAGUAACGAUGUGCUCUAUUGCCUAAAAGGCAUCACCUCUAAGGUUUUCCGCUUCAACGUCUCCGCCAUGGAAAGGAACUCAACCAACCUCUUUAGAGCGGAGUUUCGAGCUCUGAGGAUGCCAAACUCAAGCGCCAAGAGGAAUGAACAGCGGAUUGAGCUCUACCAGAUUGUGAGGCCAAAUGAACACAUUAGAAAACAACGCUACAUUGCAGCCAAGAAUGUGCUGACCAAAGGUACUCCAGAAUGGGUCUCCUUCGAUGUGACUGAAACAGUGCGGGAGUGGCUAAUGAACAGAGGAAGUAAUCUAGGCCUGGAAAUCAGCGUGCACUGCCCCUGCCACACCUUCAACCCAAAUGGGGACAUCAUUGACAAUGAGCAUGAGGUGCUAGAGGUGAAGUUCAAAGGCGUGGAUAUAGAUGAGGAGCACAGUCGCUUGGAUCUGGAUCACCUGAAGAAGAAAAAGGAACAGUACCUGCCUCAUCUCAUCCUCAUGAUGAUCCCCCCCCACCGCUUGGACACUCAGUACACCCGCCGACGCAAGAGAGCACUGGACACAAACUACUGUUUCUCAAACACGGAGGAGAGCUGCUGUGUUCGCAAACUCCACAUUGAUUUCCGACGUGACUUGGACUGGAAGUGGAUCCAUGAGCCCAGUGGUUAUGAUGCCAACUACUGCUCUGGGCCCUGCCCUUACCUAAGGAGCUCAGAUACGACACACAGCUCGCUGCUGAGCCUGUACAACACCCUGAAUCCGGAGGCAUCGGCUGCCCCCUGCUGUGUUCCUCAAGACCUGGAACCUCUCACUAUACUCUACUACUCUGGACGAACCCCGAAAGUGGAGCAGCUCUCCAACAUGAUUGUCAAGUCUUGCAAGUGUAGCUGAGAAGACACUGAACGGCGAGUGGCACGAUUUCUGCUAGGUACUGACCAAACCCAUGUGCUCUUCUGGACUCUUAGCUGUGACAAAUACUUAAACUGACCCUGUGGACUUGUGGCUUAGACCUGAAAGGUCCCACUUUUUUUUCUAAGGAUACAGAUUUCUUAAAACUUGAGCUAACCCUUUCCUUGUUUUGUAUUUUUUUCCCCACCCCCUCAGUCUGUUCUUAGUGACGAGUAGUUAUGUUAAUCUUAAAAGGUGCAACCAAACGUAGUCUGACAAUCUAGGUUGAUCUUAAAGCUAGAUUACAGAGUCCUGUUCAGAUCUGUGACACAAAGAAACAAUGACUGAAUGAAAGAGACUUACUCUGUGCUAUAUUUUUUACUUCAGAGCUCAAGCAAAUGUUCCACAAAGUUCAAGUCUACACUUUCAGUAGAGCAGCUUUCCUGUGUCUAGCCCUGGAACAGAAUUGUUAAUAGUCGCAAAUGUAGACACCACUCUUCUGAAUGGUGGAAGUGUCCUUUCUGACUGGAUUCUUCCUUGAACUUGCCUUAAGCCCCCUUCCCUUCAAACAGUGGGCAUUAUCUUCAAUCACAAAAGGAGAAAGGACAGACUUGCUGCUGUAUCCAAAGCCAUAGCUGUGGUCAGGGAAAAGGAGAGCCGAAAGAGAAUGCUUGUUGGAUUUGCAAUGGAAAGUGAAUGAACAAAGAAGUUGAGCCAAGCUUUUCUUUUUUUGGCCAGCCAGCAGCAAUGGCCUUUUUUUUCGGUGCAUCUAAUAGAAUGGAUGGAAGAAGAAGAAGAAGGAGGAGAAGGAGGAGGAGAAGAAGAAGAGGGGACCUGUAUGCAAGGGAAGAACUACGAUGGAAACAAGCCAUGAGCUCACUGACUGCCAUUCACUGGAAGUUUUCAUCCCUAACAGGUUCAAAUUAUUUUUGGGACAUCAAAGAAUAUACUGGAAAAGAACAAGUCUUACGCAACAGUUUUUUUUUUUUUUUUAUGGGAUUUCUUUUACAUUAAUAGCAGAUUUUGGUCUGUUAUGCAACUUGUCAUAUAGUGAUUGUUUCACUAACCUGGAUGAAAUUUGACGUAUCUCCAUUGGUGGAAACACUUUUAUAUUAAACCCAGAGUACUGAUGCCUUUCCUUGAGAUGUAAAAAGGAACUGAACUUUGUUUAUUUUUUGUCUUGUGCAAAAAAACAAAUUAUUUUGAGCUGUUGUAUUUUAUGAAGGUUAUGUUUGAUGAAAAUCAUGUUGUAUUAAAAGGUGACUGUUCCCAGAUAGGUAAACAGGAAAUGUAAAGAAAUUUAAAAUACAGGCCUUUUAUUUUUUCUAUUUUCUUUCAUACUAUCUUACCACUAGAGAUGUUCCGAUACCAGCAUUGGAAAUGCCUCUGAUACUGAUAAAAAUGUUGAGUUGGGCAUCGGAGAGUAUGUGAAUCUAUGUACCGAUCCGAUACCACAUUUUUAAAGUAUUCUAGUUUCACCUAGAUAAAACUGCAACUGUUUAUCCGGUAUUGUAGCAUUAGCCAGAGCUAGCUAAAAUGUCAAUUUGGCAAUAUGUCACGCUGGAAAGUCCCACAAGUAAAUGUACCAUAUGCAUGACUUCAGUUUCAAGGGGUGGCACUUCUGUUGUCUAUUACAGAACUUAUGGCCAAUUAUAGGUCAUACAACAAUGAUAGCAAUCAUCACUUCCACACAGGGCUAGUGGCAGACACACUGUUAAAAUACAAUACACAAGUUGUUUUUUCAGUUCACUGGUAUCGGAUCGGUGCUUGGUUUUAGAAUCCGUGAGGGAAAAUAGUGUAUCAGAGCAUCUCUACCUAUCAACUCAUCUGUCACCUUUCACUCAUACCAGCUGACAAGCAAUCACACGUGUACGUGCAGUCAGGACUCUGGUGUUCAUAAAACACUGCACUCUUUCAUUCCCUCUGCUCCGUCUCUGUUUGUUUUGGUUCUCUUUUACAGUGUGAAGCCCAAAUGGAACAACAGAACGAAGCAGGCGGGGAGAGAAGCAGUAAUGUGACAGUGGCUCAGUGUACACUUAGACCUCAUCGUCCUCUGAGUCAGGAGAGCGAUUCUGAAUCCCUGUGCUGUUUGACACUGACCCCGUCAGGGUCAUCUAGCCUUUAGGUGAUGUUUAGAUGAUGUUUUUUUGCAGAAAUAUUGUUUUUGUUUGACUUGUUGAUGAUAAUUGUUA